AUGCAUAGCUUAUGGAAUAUAUGGUUCACUUUGAUAAUUUUAUCAUUAAGUGGCGCUGACAACUAUGAAUCGAGGACUCAGUUUAAAACAUUGACUGAUGACUGGUACACAGUGGUUGUCCUCGUUGAACCAUCAAGAUUAAACGUACGUGUAAUUCGUAGUAAAAGAUCUGCCUUCCAAGGUCCGGACUACAGAAUCGUGACGAAGUGGGAAACACCUGAUGACCCCUUUGAUGUUUUCAUUAGUCGCAAUAGGUCAAAAUUGGUUUUUGAUACUUUGUUUGAAAGAUCUAAACAAAAUAUACCUGAGGUGGUUUGGGAGUUCACUCGGAUGUAUUUUUUUAUAACGUCAACAAAUUUACUGCAUUUAAAAACAUUUGGAAUAUUGAAAAUGGAAAAGGAAUCAUUUCAAAUAGCAUUUGUCCCAGAAAAUGACGUACUGGAAGAUUUAUUUCCAGUGACAUUGAAUCAAAUUAGAUCUCCUUUGUACGCCCACAGUUACAUCAAUUUCAGUCCAUACGCACUAGAAGAUCAACUGUUAGAUAUCGUUGUAGGGCCUAAUCGUAAAAGCAAACUUGCACUAGAUUAUCCCUGUUCUAAUGCAGGUACAAAGUUGGUAGGAAGUGCAGACGUUGAAUUCUGCUUACAGUUGAUCAGUUCAUUAUUCCAUAAAACCUCAUACGACGAAUGUUUUGAUAAACCUUGCAGACUAGACAAAGUGUACCAACCAUCUGUACCUAAUAAACAACGGCUGUCAGCCUUUUCAGAAAACCAUGCCCCCUCGUUCAACAUUUCUGGUUACGCCACUGAAGCGUUUUACGCUUUGGGAAUUUUUAACCGUGUUUUCGAAUUUCUUGACAUGAAUCCUUCGAGGUCAAACUUGUCACAGAUGCUAAAUAAAAUGGUUCAAUAUUGUAAGAAGACCUCGUUACCGUUGGAAUUGAAUUACAAAUAUGGAAACAGGAAUGGCUGUUUUUUUGGCUUGUAUAUAUAUAAGCUGCUCCAAGAAGGUUUCGGAUUAAAUGAUGAGAAUAUAAUUCUCUUUGGAAAUGGGAUUGGGUUCUGGGUGGGGUUAUUUACGAUGAAGAACGAGUACAAAGCAGUUGUCCUUAUUCUAUGA